CUGAAGACAUAUAUGGAUAGCGAUGAGUAUAAAAAAGAAGUUGAAGCAAAUGUAAAGGCAGAAAAACUUUUACAGUUGCAAAACCAAACCGUACAGUAUGAAAACUUAGCACAAGAAAGUAAAAAUAACGACGCAGCCAUGCAAAAGGCAAUGAAAAGCGCAGAAUAUAUAAAAGCUAAUAAUGACUGGUUAGAUGCCCAAGCCAACGCCAAAGCAGCCCAACUUAUAGGGUCAAUAAGGACAAAAAUACAAGCGGAUGAAGACAGUUCAAAUGAAGCUUUAAUGAAUGCUGACUUUAAGAACGCCUUCGAAGCUCUUCAUAGUAAGGUGAAACUAGUGAACGACUUCUCAUCUGGAAAGAAACUGAAGUCUGAAGGUUUCGACAAAGAGUUAAGAGAAGUAGCACAAAAUAUGACGAAAAUAACAGAUGCAGCAACGAGACAGGCAGUUCAAAGUGCCUAUGACGCCGUUAGAGCAACUGUUGUGGAAAGUCAAGAAAAAGAGUUACAACAGACCAAAACAGACCUAGUAAAUGCUUUCUUAAGAACGAAAAGUCAGGUAGGACAUUAUGCUGCAGAUGGAACAUAUGUGCCAGCUGGUGGAACUUAUAUACCAGCUGGUGGAACUUAUAUACUAGCUAGUGGAACUUAUAUACCACCAAACCCUCCAAGAGAAGCACCUGCACCAGGACUACCUAAAACAUUUACAUCGUCACAUGGACACAGACACAGGCAUGCACCAAAACCAACACAACAACCAACAGUUCAAAAUCCAGCACACAACCAACAGUUCAAAACACUGCACCACAACCAACAGUUCAAAACACUGCACCACAACCAACAGUUCAAAACACUGCACCAACAACAACCACAAACAGAGCAAGGACAUAAAAGAAGUAGAGAACAAGGAAACCAAGAAUUCUUAAAAAUGCUUAAGGAAGACUAUGGUUACCCAGAUACUCUUGACUUUAGUGACAGAUAUAAAGAAGCUAUUAG